AUGGCCUCGGCCUCCAUGUGCCCCAAGCGGGAUUUCUACAUAGGUGAUCUCGAAUUCAUCCGCCCCCUUGCCACCGCGGCGCCCGGAGAAAUUAAGCUGAAAUAUUUCAAAGUGUCGCUUAUGGAGCGGGCGGAGUGGUUUGAGAUGAUUACCUGGCCCGCCUGCUGGAAGGAGGAAACCCUAGGCCGGCUGAAGCAGGCGGUAGAGGAAGCGGGCAUUACUGCCCAGGCCUCCGAGGUGUUGUACCGUACGGAGCACGAAGCUGCUGUGCGGGCCAUCCUCUUUGACCACGCAGGUAGCUUGAGUGGCCUAUUCAAGAACGGACAUUCAAUCAUCGUCGCUGAUUGUGGAGGGAUCACCAUCGACGCCGCCACCUUUAAGUUUCACGCCCCAAACGCUAGGCAUACGGGGAUUGGGGACAUUGUCAAAGCCAAGUCUUGCCUCUUUGGAGCUCCGUCCCUGGAUACCGCCUUCGAAGAGCUACUUUCGCGGAAGAUCGACAAGGCAACCGGGCUCCAAGCCUCGGAGUUUACGAACCCCAUUCUGCUGGCGAAGGAGGCAGCCUUGGAGCACUGGCAUAGGACAGUCAAGAAUCGCUUUGACCCAUCCACCUUGUUGGAUGGGGAUGAAAAGUAUCCAAUUCCGGGCGGCCGUGAGGUCGAUAUUCAUCGGGACGAGAUGAUGAAGAUUUUCGACGACGUGGUCCACAAAAUCGUCCAGACCAUAGUGGGCCUGUACGAAGACGCCGCCCAGACGACGGCGGACAACCCCAAGGACAUCUUCCUUACUGGCGGAUUGGCGUGCCUUGACUACAUCCAGGGCCGCGUGACAACCCUCUUGCGUCAACGCCUGGGCAACAACAAUCUCCACAUUGUCACCGGUGACAAUCAUGGCAUGCGGACGGCCGUUUGUCGAGGCGCCGCCUUGGAGGGAGUGCCUCUGCCAUAUGUCUAGAGGGAGACGGGCUUUGAAGCUCAGUCUCGUGGACUCUCUGAAUCGCCAUCAUCCGGGGGAAACGAUUGCUGGGCGGUGUGCUGGUUGCUUUCUCUUUUUUCUUCUUUUUCUUUUGUGUGUGUUGGAGGUUGAGGAGGAAUAGGAAUUAAUAUCGCUUGGAUAGAUUGUGGACUUGUGUUUGUGUUAUUUUUCCUAG